AUGGAUUCAAGGUACGAAGAUGAAGGCCCCGGACCUCAGCUCUCAGUGGAGCUUUUACGGUCAAUCUGGACGACCCAACAAAACGAUGACGAUGAUGCCUCGUCUAACCGCGAAAACAUCCCCGCGAAUUCCGCUAUUGGUAAACGCAAGCGACAGGAUUCUGAGGUGUUACGUGAUCCGUCGCCCCCACUGGUGGAGAACAAUGCGAAGCCACUGAGUCCAUUCGAGUCGGUCAAAUUGAAACGACCACAACGAGCGAAGCGAGUGGCUACUAAAACAGCCCGCAACAAUCGUGGUCGAAAAGAUACCUAUGUUAUUCCUAAUACACCUAAACCUCUGAAACGCUUCACUCGUAAUGUGGGGCGGCAUUCUAUUCCAAAAACUGGGACUUUUAAUGAUUUCGAUAGCGAGCUAGAUAAAGAGGGCGAUUCAAGGGCAGCGUAUCGGUCUAAUCGUGCAGGACCUAAUGUAACGAACCUUCGAGACGAUGAGAAAGUUUCAGCUAGUGGAGAGUGGUCCGACUCCUGGUCUGAAGAGGAAGAAAGUGCAGAUGAAGAUCAACAUGAUGAGAAUUACAGAAGUGAAGAGGAAGUCAAAGAGUAUACCGGAAACAGAGGACUGAAACAAACUGAAUAUGCAGAACCACCCCCAAGUCUCAGCACUCCGCGGCGUUCAUCCCGGUUAAGAGUGCUGCGUUCGCACCCGUCGUAUGGACUUUUCAGAUCUCAUCGAAGGUCAGAGCAGGCGUUUAGCUCGCCUAAAUCUGCUGGGAGUAAACGACCAUUAACCAGACUAAUGAAAAAAAUGCUAGACAGCGUUGAAGCAGGCGAGCCUCCCCACUCGUCUCCACCGCCUCAGAGCAGAGCUACAGAGUCGGAGAAUGGGGACGGCAGUGAUGUUUCUUCGGCCGGGGAAGAUCCAAUGCAUGAGGACUCUCAACAAGCCGGAAAUCGUGCGGUUAUAUCCCCGCCUGAAAGCCCUGAGAAUAACGCAUGCGAAGAAGGUGGAGAUGUCGAUACCGAGAAUGAGCAUCGGAUCGCUCCUCACAGUGCGUCUGAGCAUGACGUUCAAAUUAGGACCGGAAGCGAAAACAAUGAAUCAGAUCACGAAGUGCAAAGCCAGCAUGAGAGCGUCUCUGACAUCUGUGAUUUCGAGGAUGGAUCUGAAAUGGAAUCCGAGUCUGGAGAAACGGAUGUUGAGGAGGUCCCUAUGCAAGAUCCUGAUGAUGUAGACUUUUGGUCUGCCGCCGCGCUUUUUGGCCAACAUACCAACUGGUCCGAUCUUUUUGCAGAAGUCAAAAAGCUCAUCCCGAGUCCCAACCUCACACAAAGGAGCCCUCUUCUACGUAAACCUCUAGCAGCAAUCACACAAGCCAAGCAACUCUACGCCCGAACAAGAGAAAUUCGACAGGACUAUCAAACGGUGCCGGACUACUUGUGCGAAGCAGAAAAAUCCAAUGCCCAGGAGGUCGUAGAGCAAAUAUAUCACAUCUUGUCUAGAGUCCGUCUAGUUUUCGAUGAGAAGGGUAACCUUGUUAGCGACAAUCGUGAGCUGAAGCGAAAACGGCAAGCCGUCCUUGAGAUUGCUAUCUAUGCUGUACCGGGAGUAUUGACACAGCUGCUGCAAUCAUUUUCCCUCUUGUGCGAAAGGAUCCAGCCCAAGUUUUUCCGGCCAUACAUCCAUUUCGGAGACACUCUCCAGCAGAUCAGAGUCGUGAAAUGGGUUGGGCCUCGUCGAAGCAUGCAAUACAAGCGCCCGCAUCGCCAAGAAGUAACCCUGCCGCCGACAGAUGAUGAGCAGGAUGAUCAUGUUUCCAUCAUAUCUAUUGAUGAAAACUCGUCAAAUGAACAGCUACCUGAGGGUCCAGACGAGUUUCCCUGGACGACGGCAGAGAGCGAAGCGCUUGUUACCGGUUUAGAGAGAUAUCGAGGCCUCGAUCGGUAUACCAUGAUACGUCGCGACUUCAGGACAGAGCUGAGCGGUCGAACCAUGGAAGACCUGCGCGUGAAGGCGCGGGAGAUUCGAGAUUCAUAUGUUGCUGCGGUGCGGCUUGAUAAUCUUACCAUGGACCCGCGACAAUGGGGUUGGCUCUUGGAAGUUUGA